UCGCUUUCAAUAUUAAUAUCAUACUUGCACGGGUACGAGGCCGAGUGCCCUCGGCGAUCAAUAAUGUUUUUACGUCUCAUCAAAGCUCAGACAUUAGAAAUUCGGGAUAUCUUCCCAUCACUGGCUUCCACGUCCGGCACCGCCACCACCCAUCAUGUUGCGGGCCCUAAAGACUAGGUUAGUCUGUAAACAAUGGACAGCUAGGUUCUGUCACUUACAUAUCGGCAAUGUUGGGGUCGCUCAUCAAAGAAGACAUGUCCGGCAUACCACCGCCGCGGCCAAAGUUCUCGGCCAUUUGUCUCAACUGGGGGUUGCUCAUGAGGUUGCUGAGCAUGUCGGGGUUGCUCAUCAGGUUCUGAGCCAUGCUCGAGAACAUGGGGUUGCUCAUGAUGGAUCCGAGAUCGGGCAUACCACCGCCGCCACCGCCACCACCACCGCCCAGCAUGCUAGCAAGGGAAGACAGAUCGGGCAUGCCGCCAGCACCACGGGAUGCUCCAGCGGCAUCAUCGACCUCAUCGGCAGGAGGCUCGGUGCUACGCUGGGCCUCCUCGAUCUUCUUCUUGGUGGUCUCAAGACCCCUCUUCAUAGCGUCACUACCACCGUUGCCCUCGGCCUCGAUACCCUUCUCGUACGCCUCCUUGGCACCGUGGUAAUCGGCCAAGUCGAAACGAGCCAGUCCCAGACGGCUCCAGGCCUUGGAGUACUUGGGGUCCACGGCGGUGGCAAGCUCGGCAUCCUCCGCCGCCUUCUCGUGCUGUCCGGCUGCGGAAUAGGCAGCAGCCCGGUUGGAGAGGUAGAUCGGGUUGGAGGGAGCAAUGGCCAGGGCCUGGGUGUACAGAUCGAUGGCAGCGGGAUAGUCCUUGCGAGCCAUGGCACCGUUGCCCUCAGACUUCAGCUUAUCAGACUCGGGCGUAGGGGCACCAGGCUGGGCCUUCUGUUCACCGGUCUUGGCAGAGUCGCCCGCGGGCUUGUUCCGCAGCUUCUCGUAGACACUGUAGAUGCUGGCCAGCGACUGUCCACCCAGAGCAUCCUUCAUAGCAGCCUCGUUCGACGGGUCGACCUUGAAGGUAUCGGCAAUGCAGGACUGGGCGAUCUCGAUGGAUUCGGCGUCAUCGGCGGUCAGGGUGCCAUCCUUCAAGCUGGCACCGAGGAAGUCGACGAUGGCGAGCGCCAGGCGCUUCUUGGACUCUGUGGGGGCCUAGAGAGUGGGAUGCAUUAGAAUCUGCGACCAUUGAACCGGUCGGGGUCUGCGCGAUAGAACAAUC